CACUAGUUCAGCCUGCACUGUUCGAAAGAACACAUUUUCUUGCACUGUUCUGAUCGAAAGAACGCAUUAGUGCAAACUUCGUGAACUAGUGCAGCCAGUUCAGGUCGAAAGAACAAACCUAUUGUUUCGGGAGGGGUUUAAUAAUUUUCUCGUCAACCAAUCAGUAGAAGAAGAAGAAGUAUACUCUUUGGUUGCGUUCCACUUCACACAUUAUGCGCGCAUUGCCUACAAUAUACGUAACAUGAACUAUGGAUAAAUGCGCGCAUAUGCGUGAAACGGAACGCAGCUUUUGUUUGAGUAGGUUAUAUUUGUGUUUCACGUGUUUAUUGAAUAUAUUCUUACAACAAUUUUUGAAAGUUAUAAAUUAUUAGUUAUAAAACAGACAUUAUGUCUAAGCGUCCAGAACAUAUGGCACCACCUGAGGUGUACUAUAAUGAAACAGAAGCCAAGAAAUAUACUCAAAGUUCUCGUAUGAUAGAUAUUCAAGUACAGAUGUGUGAACGUGCUAUAGAACUUCUCGCAUUACCUGAAGAUCAGAGUUGUUUGCUCUUAGAUAUUGGCUGUGGCUCAGGUCUCAGUGGUAGUGUGUUAGAAGAACAGGGACAUAUAUGGAUGGGUGUUGAUAUAUCUUCAGCUAUGCUUGAUGUAGCUAAAGAAAGAGAAACAGAUGGUGACUUGAUCUUAGGAGAUAUGGGUCAAGGAAUGCCAUUUAGGGCUGGUAUAUUUGAUGGUGCUGUCAGUGUUUCUGCAUUGCAAUGGCUUUGCUAUGCAGACAAAGCUUCACACAAUCCUGUGAAGCGUUUAUAUUGUUUCUUCUCAUUAUUGUUUGCGUGUCUGUCGAGAAAUGCAAGAGCAGUAUUGCAAUUCUACCCAGAGAACAGUCAACAAAUUGAAUUAGUUACCACACAAGCUACAAAGGCUGGUUUCUUUGGUGGUGUGGUCGUAGAUUUUCCAAAUAGUACAAAAGCAAAGAAAGUGUUCUUAGUUUUAAUGACAGGUGGUGCUGUUGCCCUUCCAAAAGCACUAGGUACAGAGAGUGACAACCAAACUGCCUCUUAUACAUCAAAAAGGGAAUAUAUAAAAAAAGCCAGAGGUAAACCAUUAAAGAAGAGUAGAGAAUGGAUUAUAGAAAAGAAAGAGAGACGGCGACGGCAAGGAAAAGAAGUUAGAGAUAAUUCAAAAUAUACUGGACGAAAGAGAUCUGGACGAUUCUGAAAUAUAUAUUUAUUUUAAUAUUAAAUGUUAGUUUUUUCAAUAAAGCUUAUAAUUAAUCUUUA